CUAUGUCUGUAAUAGGAGUGACCUCUCUUCAUAUAUUACCACUGAGAUUGUGAAGUGUCAUUGGAGUGAUUGUGCAGAACUAAUUAAUAUUUAAACAGAACUCUAUUUCUCCUCCACUUUAAGACAACAUUCAGUGCUUCUACCGACUCGUUUCCCCAUUUCUGCAGCAGGCGGGGAAGAGCAGCGCUGCCAUCGGUGUUGUGGAUCCUGCUGGAGCACCCGAAUCACUAGUGAUGCCGUCAGGGAAGCUCUGACGUCACGGCGAAUGCCUGACGUCACGGCGAUGGCAUGCACCCCUUCUGUGAGCUCGGCAACCAGUGGCAACUGAGAACCGCAGGGUCGGGGCCGGGAAGGGGCAGAGCAGCGACAGCAGCAGCCGGAGCCAUGCACAGGGACCAGCGGGUCCAUCCCAACGCGCAGCACACCGGCAACUGGUUUGCUUAUAUUGGAGUAGACCAGAAUCAAGCCGAGCCAACUACAAGUUCUGCACAAAACCAGGUCCAGAACAAAGCAGCUCCGUACAUUGAAGAGAAACUGCCGCUAGCAUUCAAAGCUCAGGAGCAGACUGCAUUGAAGAACAAUUUCCCGUUUUCCUUUCAUGACAACAAGCACUGUUUGCGGAAUGUAGGAGAGUAUUUUGAUUUUGGUUUGGGCCGCAGGAAGGUGGAACCAGAGAGACGGCAACAGAACUCCCAGAACUUCCUCCAAUGGGCUCAUAAGCCAGUCCCCAGCAAAGAAGAUGGCUUAACCAUUUAUCAGACCUCAUUUAUGAAAGAUAAAAGCUCUGAGAGCCCAAUUUAUAGGCGGUAUCCAGAACAGCACACAGAAAAGCAGUGCACUGAGAAACCCAUUCUUGAGAAGGAAAAAAGCCUGCAGCCAAACAAGUCAUCUUAAUUAUCAACCCACCUUUGUAGCACCAAUCUAUCAUCAUCAUCAGAGCCUUUACUUGAGAUCUAAACUAUUUCUUACUCAAAUGGAUGAUGAAAUAAACGUGCGUGAAGUGAAUGUGUUGUGCAUUUGAGAGUUCAUUGAAAUCAGCACUCGUGUUACUCUGAAGACAUACAUUACUAUAAAAAUUGUAAUGAAGAGAAAAAGCAUGAUUGUGCAUAGUUUCAGCCAUACCUCUAUUAGGAGAACAGAGGUAGUGAUUGUACGUGGGUUAUUUGAUACUGGUUGACCCUGAUCUUGAUACAAAAGCUCAUUCAACUUCCGAAUCAGUGGUGGGGCUGUACCUCAAGCAGCUGACAGUAUCUGUGUUGAAAGAAGUAUAUGAUGGAACUGGAGCCUUGAGGAUUUCCACACUAGGGAGUCAAAACUGUGUGUUCAGAAACCUUUUCUGAAAGGUGUCAUGGCUGUGAGGGCAGGUUACCGCCCAUGUGAGAAGCUAGAUAAAAAAGCUGCACAUUAGACUGCUGUGCAAAAUAACUGUAAUGUUUGGUUAUAACACAGCAGUUGCAUAAGCAAAGAAAGAAAGGAUGUUGUAAACAGUGUAUGUAUUCCUGUGUAUGACCCUUACAGGGAAGAACUGCCUAAGAGCUCAUCUCAGUCUCCCCUCUGGCAGGUUAAAGCCAUUCCCCUUGGCCUGUCCCUACAGGCCCUUGUCCAAAGCCCCUCUCCAGGUUUCCUGUA